AACUUGUUGCGACUUACCAGGCAUCUUGAUCACUCGCGACUGGGCUGUGUUGAUCUUUGAACCAUUUGCUUCGGAAGCAGACGCAAUAUCGAGCGUUCUCUCUAGAAGCUCGCUCAACACUAAACUUUCUAGCUAAACGGCCACUCAGCACCAAGAUUGUUUCGUAAGCCUAGAAGAUGGUGCGAUACCAGCACCUGACAGUCAAUGCCGCAAUAGCCAUUGUGCUCCAAGCUGUGUGUACUGCUGCAGCUCCAUCGGUUAAUGUAGCGCUCAAAACUUCAUUCAACUCGGCACCUUAUCUUGUAGAACUACUAGAGACUGCCGCUGACGAGAAUGCGACCGCCUACUUUCCCUUGCUGGACCGAAUUGCUGAAGGCCACUUCGAUCAAGCCUCGACAGAUCAGGAGUUAUACAACCUGUUCAAGAAGACAUUACAAGAUGAGGGACAUCUCGCCAAAUCAGAGGACAUCUCUUCUUUCGAGUAUGCAUUGUCGAUCCAUGCAGCUGCACCAAGAAUCGAGGCACACUACCAGUUCUAUAAUACCACAGUAGAACCUACACUCAAGAGUCAGACAGACAAGGGCUGCGAGACGUGGUUGCAUUUCAACGGACAGCAAUACUGCGACUCUGACUUGGCGAGCUCGUCAGGAGAUCCGGUUAAUCAGGAACGUGCGCUUGACUUGCCAUUCGAUCGCAUCAUGGGUGACAAGCAGAGCAAGACCCCUUCUGUUCUCUAUGCAGAUGUCAUGUCCCCCUCUUUCCGCCAAUUCCACAAGACUGUCAGUCUGACUGCCAGAUCGGGAAAGACAUCCUACAGAGUGAGAUACAGACCUUCUGUAGGCAGACCAGGCUCUCCGCUUGCUGUCAGUGGAUAUGGUAUUGAGCUUGCCUUGAAGAGAACUGACUAUAUCGUCAUUGACGACCGCCAAGCUGAAGACUCGGAUUCUACCAACAAUGAUGCUUCUACUGCAAAGUUGACAGAUGAGGAUGUGGCGGAUCUCAAACCUUUGUCUUCGAAGGAGUUGAUACGACUUGACAUGAAAGCAUCGAGCUUCGUCAUGGACAGCGCUGAUCCAUUUGAGACUUUGUUGAGACUCACUCAAGACUUUCCAAAGCAUUCGGCAGCUAUGUCUGCCCACGACAUCUCUGAAGAGUUCCGAAAGGAGCAUUUGGCCAACCGUGAGGUCUUCCUGCCUUCGGGGUACAAUGUCAUGUGGGUGAACGGUCUCCAGGUUCUCGCUCGCGACUUUGAUGCUUAUGCUAUGCUCGAACACCUUCGCCGUGAGCGUAAGCUGAUCAACAGCGCGCGCGAGCUUGGCCUGAGCGGAAAAGAGGCUAUACAGCUCCUCUCGCAUCCUUCGAUCUCAGAGGCCUCUUCAGGUCAAGAGCCUCAACGUUAUGACUGGAGAGACGAGCUCGAAGGUGGUAAGGUCAUCAUCUGGAUGAACGAUAUCGAACAUGACAAACGUUACGCCGAGUUCCCUACUCAAGUCAGAGCAUUGUUGCAACGAACAUAUCCGGGACAGUUGCCUCCUGUGCGCAAAGAAAUCCAUAAUCUUGUUCUACCUGUCGACUUUGCCAACUACAAAGAUGUAGAGACGAUUGUCGAAAACUUGCAAAGCUUCGUCAAGAGGAAAGUGCCAAUUAGAUUUGGCCUUGUGCCCAAAACAUCGUCUACUGCAUCUGCCGAACAAGCCAAGGCAGUGUACCACCUGCUGGAUACUUACGGUCUCGGUGUUGCUCUGGAGUAUCUUCAAAAGCUCUCUUCUAGCCAGGGACGAAAACUUGCCGGUCCGGUGCAGUCUAUCUUUGAAGGCGCCACCAAAGGUCGCAAGCUUCGCAAAGAUCGUAUCUCAUCGCCUCUGCAAGAAGUUCUGAAGAGCGACGACUUUAGUGCACGUGUUGCUUCCGCACAGAAGUACCUCGUCCGUUUGGGUGCAUCCGGGGCCACACCUCCCUUCUUCGUCAACGGAAUUCCUCUUCCGAUGUCUGACGAGUGGCUUCAGGAAAUGAGCCAGCGUGUGACCACUGAUCUGCGUAGCGUACAGAAGGCGGUCUAUGAGGAUGAACUCAAUGACGAUAGCUAUAUUCCCGAGCUUUUCUUGGCUCGUGCAUCUGCCCGUCGCAACCCUUGGGUCAUUCCUGAAGAUGAGAACAGCGUUCGUCAAGUCAAUCUGGCUACUGUCUCUGACCUGGCUGAAGGAGCCAUAGGCUCGAUUCCCAGUCUGCCUGCCAGCAAAGAUACAGUGUCGAACGACCUUGUUCAUCUUGUUGUUAUCGCGGACUUUGACACGCAAGCUGCUCAGCGUAUGCUUUCAGGGCUAAUCAAACUGCGCAAGGAAGAAUACGACCAGGUUGAGAUUCUGCUUGUUCAUAGUGCCGCUAAACCUUUGUCGACUUCGAGCUUUGCGGUUGAACUGUUCAAGAACAUGAUCGCUGGCCCUAUUGUGUCCUUGGAUGCGUUACAGGCGCUCCUGUCACAGGACAAAGUCUCUGCCUCCGAGGCAGACGUUAUCGCAGCUCAGGCUUUCUGGUCGUCCGCUGAUAGAUUCCUCAACGAUGUUGGCUUCAACAAGGGUGACCAAGGUAUCUUGUUGGCAGGCAGAGUCGUUGGGCCGCUGCCAUCAUUCGAAGAGUUCGACAGCGAUGACUUCGAGACUCUCUUCUCCUACGAACGCAUGAAGCGCUUGAUGCCAGCAGCAGCAGCAAUCAAGGGAAUCAACGCUGCGGACAAAGCCAACACUGCCUUGUCCUUCUCCAAGCUCUCAAACCUGAUCGCUUUGUCAUCCAAGUCCGAUGUUCCUGAAGGCAUGUUUGACUCAUCGCCACCUGCUCGAUCAGACGUGUUCAGUGGCUGGACCGGUUCGCACACUCUCAUCGAGCGUGGUGAUGCUGAGCAUGCAACUAUUCAAAUCGUGGCUUCAGUGGAUCCAGCAUCCGAAACAGCUCAACGUUGGGUACCUAUCCUCAAGGUCCUGUCAGAACUCUCUGGUGUCCAUCUUCGUCUUUACUUGAAUCCUAAGGAGAGAUUGGAUGAGCUGCCUGUCAAACGCUUCUACCGACACGUAUUGGAGUCCAAGCCUAGGUUCGACGAGAAAGGCUCACUGCAGGGCACUCUGGCUCGCUUUGAAGGCCUUCCAGCAGAUGCUCUUCUUACAAUGGCCAUGGACAUGCCACCUGCUUGGCUCGUGGCACCUAAAGACAGUGUUCACGAUCUUGACAACAUCAAGUUGAGCUCGACCCAGGGCAGAGACAUCGAGGCAACUUAUGAACUCGAGAGUAUUCUCAUCGAAGGUCACUCCAGAGACGUCACCAUUGGAACUGCGCCUAGAGGAGCACAGCUUGUGCUGGGAACAAACAAAGACCAGCACUUCGCCGAUACCAUUAUCAUGGCAAAUUUGGGAUACUUCCAGUUCAAAGCGAACCCCGGUUUCUACAACCUUACCCUACAAAAGGGAAGAAGCGAGGAGAUUUUCCACAUCGACAGCGCAGGAACUCUUGGGUACAGUCCUCAAGCAGGAGACAAGCUGACUGAAAUCGCUCUCACCAGCUUCCGUGGUGCUACCAUCUUCCCUCGUCUUUCUCGCAAACCUGGCAAGGAAGACGAAGAUGUUCUCGAGAGUGCUAAGACCACUGCCGAUCACAUUGCUGACAAGGCUGAUUCAAUUCUUGCCAAAGUCGGUCUCGGUAGCGUCAAAUCCAGCGAUGUUCUUUCCAAAGCACAGAAGUUCGGAGCUGGCUUCCUUACUGGAUCAGCUGGAUCGUCUACUGAUCUCUCUACUUUACCUCAUGCCGACAUCAACAUUUUCUCCGUCGCCUCCGGUCAUCUUUACGAGCGUAUGCUCAACAUCAUGAUGCUCUCAGUCACAAAGCAUACCUCGCAUACGGUCAAGUUCUGGUUCAUUGAGCAGUUCUUGUCCCCUUCAUUCAAGGCUUUCCUGCCUAUCAUGGCUGAAGAGUAUGGCUUCAGGUACGAGAUGGUCACCUACAAGUGGCCUCACUGGCUUCGUGGUCAAAAAGAAAAGCAACGUGAGAUCUGGGGCUACAAGAUUCUCUUUUUGGACGUCCUCUUCCCUCUUGAUCUGGACAAGGUCAUCUUCGUCGACGCCGACCAGAUUGUCCGCACUGACAUGUACGAUCUUGUGCAAUACGAUCUGCAGGGUGCGCCGUAUGGUUUCACGCCCAUGUGUGACUCUAGAACUGAGAUGGAGGGGUUCCGCUUCUGGAAGCAAGGCUACUGGAAGAACUUCCUCCGUGGCUUACCUUACCAUAUCUCAGCACUAUAUGUGGUUGAUCUCGUCCGCUUCCGCCAGAUGGCUGCAGGAGACAGAUUGAGACAGCAAUAUCACCAGCUUUCAGCAGAUCCCAACAGUCUGAGCAACCUGGAUCAAGACUUACCCAACCACAUGCAGCACGUAUUGCCUAUUCACAGCUUGCCUCAGGAAUGGUUGUGGUGCGAGACUUGGUGCAGCGAUGAGACUCUAGGAGUUGCGCGUACCAUCGAUCUGUGCAACAACCCUCAGACCAAGGAGCCCAAGCUCGAGAGAGCAAGAAGACAGGUACCAGAGUGGACCAUCUACGACGAUGAGAUUGCAGCGUUGGCUCAGCGUAAGGUCGGAGAAGGCAAGAGUCCUAUUGCCGGUCAUGCUGGUGGUGCCGGGAUUCAGGCAGAGAUGCAGGAGGCAGAUGCCAGGGCUCAAAGAGAGGAGAAUGAAAAGAAGAAGAAAAGUCACGACGAGUUGUAGAGUUAGAUGAUCAUAGAAAAGGUAUCAGCGAUUGGUUUGUUCAUUA